UCAUGCAGCACAUUAGCUAGGUGGUAAUUUUAACAGUGUUGUGUUUCUUUAUCACCGGGUGCUGAAUGUACAUAUGAAUAAUAAUGACGCCGGUAGUUAGUACUGGGGUACAGUUUAGAUUCAGAUCUUUGCUGGCAUGCAGGUUAUUCUCUUCUGUAGCCAGGGGCAGAAACAAGGAGACAGAGGACACGCCGUUAUUUCGGUAUGUGGGUCAGCGAAGGAAGCCCACAGACAAGGUGUUCGUGUGGGGAUUCAGUUACACUGGAGCUCUGGGCAUCCCCAGCUUUGUCAUUCCAGAUAGUGGUACCAAAAAACCCAGAAAGAUCCAACUGACCCCCUACCGACUCGAAACUGAGGAGAAGAUCACUUCAGCAGCCUGUGGCUAUGGCUUCACGUUACUGGCGUCAAACACCAAAGACGUCACCAAAGUGUGGGGCAUGGGCCUUAACAAAGACUCUCAGCUGAGCUUUCAGCGUACCCAACACGACCGGCAUAAAAGUUAUGACUACGUGUUGGAGCCUUCCCCUGUUUCUCUGCCGCUUGCCAACCCUCAAGAGACGCGUGUCCUUCAGGUGUCCUGUGGUCGGGCUCAUUCUCUGGUGCUCACAGACUCAGAAGGCGUGUUCAGCAUGGGUAAUAAUGCUUAUGGCCAGUGUGGAAGGAAGAUCAUUGAAGAUGAAGUUUACAGUGGCAGCCACGUCGUUCACAAGAUAGAGGGAUUUGAUAGUCAAGUCAUUCAGGUGGCAUGUGGACAGGACCACAGUCUCUUUCUGACAGAGAAGGGGUCUGUGUAUGCCUGUGGAUGGGGGGCAGAUGGACAAACAGGUCUGGGUCAUCACCACAAGGCUGCAUUUCCUGUCCCAGUCGGAGGAGACCUAGCAGGGGUCAAAGUGCAGCAGGUGAGCACGUAUGGAGAUUGUAGCCUGGCCGUGUCUGCGGAUGGUCAGCUCUUCGGCUGGGGCAACUCGGAAUACCUGCAGCUUGCUUCAGUCACAGAGGCUACACAGAUCAGCUCACCAAGGCUGCUUCCUCUGAAGGAGUUGGGCAAGGUGGUGCAGGCAGCGUGCGGGGGAACUCAGGUCGCGGUACUCAACGAGGAAGGAGACGUGUUUGUGUGGGGCUAUGGAAUCCUGGGAAAAGGGCCCAACCUGUCCGAGUCAGAGAUCCCAGAGAAGGUGCCGGCGACGCUCUUCGGGAGGUCGGAGUUCAACCCGACGGUGAAAGUUUCGCGUAUACGUUGCGGACUCGGCCACUUCGCAGCCAUCACUGAUCGUGGGGAAUUGUUCGUCUGGGGCAAGAACGUCAGAGGGUGUCUUGGCAUCGGCAAACGGGAUGAUCAGUAUUUUCCAUGGCGGGUGACGGUACCGGGUCACGUGGUGGACGUGGCUUGUGGCGUGGACCAUAUGGUAGCACUUGUCAAGUCUGUCAUAUGAGAUGUCGAUCAGAGGCGGGAGGUUCCGUUUCACAUCUGCCCUGGUUCAAACUGAAGACUCAAGCUAGCACAGGGGUUCGUAUCUUUAACCUGUGGAGGUCUGUGGGCUUUAAGAUCUUGGGAUGGAGAUCCAAGCUCUAUUACACAUCAGAUUGAUGAACAAAAAGGCAGCCACCUGAACUUGAGGGGGCUUGAACCAGACACCUUCUGAUUACAAGUCCAGUACCUUAUUCGCUAGGCUACAACUGCUCUACAUGUGCUGCAUUUUAGACACACAUUACAAUAAACUCAUCAAUGUUCCUUCUAGUCCAUUAACAAUAGAUUACAAAGUUUGAUGCACCCCAGGCACUGAGUUUUGCAUCUUCUCCCACUUUUUAAUUGGGAACAAAUACAAUGCCAACCUGGCAGUGGUGGAGCCUGACCACGGAGCUGCAACUGCCCUAAAUCAGCCACGUAUAUUCCGAUUUAGCGUAGCCAGUUCCUCUGUGUUCGCGGAGGGUAUAUUUGCCUGCUCCACGCUCCACAUGAGGCUCGUCCACUUCUGCGCAGGUGCCUCAGCCUGCUAACCGGGGUCUUUACACAGCGUUUGGAUUUUCUCCUACUUCCAAAAUUAGAAAGUGGAGAAGAUGAACUAGCACAUUUAUUAUAGCGCAUGAAGUGUGAAUGGGAUAGUGUGUUGCCAUGUGAAUGACUUGCACUUCAUCCGAGGCGUGAUCCUGUCUUGCUGUGACGCUGGCUCCUUGGAAACCCUGAUUAAAAGAAAGUGGUUAAUAAAAAAGACAAAAUGAAUGAAAAACUAACUGCCUCAUGCAGUACUUGAUGCGUCUCGAGACGAGGAGUACGAGGUUCGUUCAUGUUUUCAUCAUUUUAGAAGGAGACGUGUAGCUCGGAUACCUAUCGGCACUCGGCCCUCCCGACAGCGCUCUGGCUAGCAGUGGUAGGGAAUUAUACUGUAGAUAGCUUCUAAUAAACAGCAUGACUCUAAUCUUGUAUUGGCUUGCUGCCUCUAUUUCUAUAGCAACUCCGAUCUCUAUGGAAAUGAAAAAUAGUGUCACACAGUGAAUGUAAAGCAGUGACUGCAGUGGUGCCAGGGCUCAGUGUAGCACAAUGGAUGGAGAUAUUUGGAAGCCUGUUGUAUUAUAUGCAAAGUGACCCAUAGUUUUUUUUCUGUGGAUGGAACACCAGCGGGCGGGGCGGCGCAAGCGACAAACAAGCCACCCUGUUAAUACGUGACAGUGUUGUUAUCCUGCUUUAAUGGUGUUUAAAUAUAUACAUACAAUCUACAUCUAAAA